GCGCGCAGUCUAUGACAGUACGUCAGCAGCGGGAUGGCCGUAGCUGUGGCGGCGGCUGCAGGAGCCCGAGCAGCCGCGGCCGCAGUGGAGGCUAGAGCCGGAGCGGCGUCGGCGGUGGCACCCCGGGGAGUUUAAGAUGGCGGCAGGGGGGGCGGCGGGCCUGCGGGAGGAGCAGCGCUACGGGCUGUCGUGCGGGCGGCUAGGGCAGGACAACAUCACCGUCCUGCAUGUGAAGCUCACCGAGACGGCGAUCCGGGCGCUCGAGACUUACCAGAGCCACAAGAAUUUAAUUCCUUUUCGACCUUCCAUUCAGUUCCAAGGACUCCAAGGGCUUGUCAAAAUUCCCAAAAAUGAUCCCCUCAAUGAAGUACAUAACUUUAACUUCUAUUUGUCAAAUGUGGGCAAAGAUAACCCUCAGGGCAGUUUUGACUGCAUCCAGCAAACAUUCUCCAGCUCUGGAGCCUCUCAGCUCAAUUGUCUGGGAUUUAUACAAGAUAAAAUUACAGUGUGUGCAACGAACGACUCGUAUCAGAUGACACGAGAAAGAAUGACCCAGGCAGAGGAAGAAUCCCGCAAUCGAAGCACAAAAGUUAUCAAACCCGGUGGACCAUAUGUAGGGAAAAGAGUACAAAUUCGGAAAGCACCUCAAGCUGUCUCAGACGCAGUGCCUGAGAGGAAAAGGUCAACCCCUAUGAACCCUGCAAAUACAAUUCGAAAGACACACAGCAGCAGCAGUGUUUCUCAGCGGCCAUAUAGGGACAGGGUGAUUCACUUAUUGGCACUGAAGGCCUACAAGAAACCUGAGCUGCUUGCUCGACUCCAGAAAGAUGGUGUGAAUCAAAAAGACAAGAACUCCCUGGGAGCAAUUCUGCAACAGGUAGCCAAUCUAAAUCCUAAGGACCUCUCCUAUACAUUAAAGGAUUAUGUAUAUAAGGAGCUUCAAAGAGACUGGCCAGGAUACAAUGAAGCAGACAGACGGUCAUUGGAGUCAGUACUCUCUAGAAAACUGAAUGCCUCUCAGAAUGCUGCUGGCACCAGCCGUUCAGAAUCUCCUGUAUGUUCUAGCAGAGACACUGCAUCCUCUCCGCAGAAACGGCCUUUGGAUUCAGAUUUCAUUGAUCCUUUAAUGAAUAAAAAAGCUCGAAUAUCUCACCUAACAAAUAGAGUACCUCCAACAUUAAAUGGUCAAUUGAAUUCCACCAGUGACAAAUCUGCUGCAGGACUACCGCCGCCCCCUGCAGCUGCUGCCAUCCCCACGCCCCCACCACUGCCUUCUACGCACCUGCCUGUCUCAAAUCCCCCUCAGACUGUAAAUUCCAACUCCAAUUCCCCUAGCACUCCAGAAGGCGGGGGGACUCAAGACCUACCUGUUGACAGUUUUAGUCAAGAUGGUAGCAUCUAUGAGGACCAGCAAGACAAAUAUACCUCGAGGACUUCUCUGGAAACAUUACCCCCCGGUUCAGUUCUACUAAAGUGUCCAAAGCCUAUGGAAGAAAACCAUUCAAUGUCUCAUAAAAAGUCCAAAAAGAAGUCUAAAAAACACAAGGAAAAGGACCAAAUGAAAAAGCACGACAUUGAAGCUAUUGAAGAAAAAGAGGAAGAUCUUCAAAGAGAAGCAAUUGCCAAGCUAAAUAACUCCAGCCCAAAUUCCAGUGAAGGAGUUAAAGAGGACUGCACUGCCUCCAUGGAGCCUUCUUCUACAAUUGAACUCCCAGAUUAUUUGAUAAAAUAUAUUGCUAUUGUCUCCUAUGAGCAACGCCAGAAUUACAAGGAUGACUUCAAUGCAGAGUACGAUGAAUACAGGGCUUUACAUGCCAGGAUGGAGACUGUGGCCAGAAGGUUUAUCAAACUGGAUGCGCAACGAAAACGCCUUUCUCCAGGCUCAAAAGAGUAUCAGCAUGUUCAUGAAGAAGUCUUACAGGAAUAUCAGAAGAUCAAGCAGUCUAGUCCCAAUUACCAUGAAGAAAAAUACAGAUGCGAGUAUCUCCAUAACAAGCUGGCUCACAUCAAAAGACUAAUAGGUGAAUUUGACCAACAGCAAGCAGAGUCAUGGCCCUAGAUCUCUGCUUGAACAGAAGAUGUGAAUAAACUUAAUCUUAUUUAUUUAAAAUUCCAAAUGAGUUGCUCUAGAUUCUAAAAGAUGAAACUUUGCCUGUUGAAAGUUUCAGUAUUAGUAAACUUGAGUUACUUUUUUUUUUCCUAUUUUACUUUGCUUCUCUCCAUUUUGAAGCUGCUUUCUCCUAAUCUUCUCUUUCCCUCUUCUCAAGACUUGUGUUUGUUAAUAGAAACUUUUCUUUCUUUUUUUUUCUUUCAUUUUUUUAGAUAUUGGGGAUCCAGUGUCUAUACUGCAAAUCAUUUUUCUUUUUCUUGAGAGCUUGUGUUUGUCUUUAGGAAUGAUUUUUUUUUUUUUUAGAUAUUGGGGAUCUAAUGUCCACACUUCAAAGUUGUGUGUAUUAAACAACCACAGUGAUGUGCAAGGUGAAAUGCUUUUGGAUAAACAUAAGCCUAUUUUCUGACCUUUCUUAAUGCAAACUCUUUGCCUUAAAUGGUAGAACAUUUAGACAUUUGCACAAAAAUACAAAAAAAUAAAUAAAACAUUGUUUUGGAGGGUUAAAAAAAUAGGAAGUUGUGGGAGUAUGUGUGUAGAUUUUUAUACACAUAUAUAUCUAUUGGCCAACUUGAUCUAGAAUAUUAAAUCUGCCCUGCAAGUUAACCCCCCAUUGCAAUGGUUGCCUUAAGGUGUUUGCUAGUUGUGUACAUAGUGUGGUUAGUCAUUAGCUACACUGCUUCCCAAUGAUGAGAGCACUGGGAAGCACACUGUGGCCUACCAGCGUCUGAAACGUGUGCUCAACCUGUAUGUGUGCAGAGCUGAUGUGGAUGUGAGCGUGCAUGAAGGAGAAAAGCUGCUACUCUCAGUAGGCCCAACGCUCAGGUUAAACAACUGACGAGUGUUACUGUAGGGUUUUGUUGUUGUUUUGUUUUGUUUUUUCCUGUCAAAUUGCUACUUUCUUCUAUUUUGGAAGACAAAAGCAUUUCCAUUUCAACAGUUUGUCAGCUUUAUUAAUGUUGGGCAGAAAUUGAUAUGAUAUAAAAAUUAAACAGAUCUAUAGUUUUGGGGCAAAAUUAUAAAAUUAAAUGUGUAGGUAACCUAUUUAUAUACUGCUAUAAAGUAUUUUUGAAGAGAGAGAUAUGCAAAGAAGCUAUUACCUACAUGAAAUGUAUAUUUAAAGAUUUUUUUUUCAUCCUGGAUGCCAGGAAUAUAAGAAAGUGCAGAUAUAUUUAACCAUAACAUACUGUGAUUCAUCAAACAGCACAAACUUUCAUUUCAUGGAGUUUAUCUGUUGACGUUGAUUUAAACUAUCACUUGUUUUAUCAUGUGGGAACAUAAGUUAUGUGGUCAAAAAUAUAAGGAUUUUGAACUAAUGUUGAUUCAAGUUGUGUUGUCUUAUCGUAUUGUCUUUUCAAGUGCUGCCAGUUGAAAAGGGAAGCAUUAUGUUUACAAAUCUGUUUUGAAAUGUUUGCCAAAAUUUUGGUAGUAUCUUUAAUAAAGAUGUUUGUCUCCAGCAUCCAAGAAAAUAAA